AUGUCGGAAAAAAUCGCUGUGGAUCCCGAUUAUUAUAAGGGGAAAGAUGAAGUUGUCCCGAGUGAUUUCGAGUCGGAGACAACGUCGCUCUCCUCGACAAUUUAUAAAGGAAUCAUGGAGAACGGUCGCCGGUACCAGAAUCUGAAAGAAGGCGAAUACUGGGGCCCCACCGACGACCAGCAGUUUGAAAGCUACGAAGCAGGUCAUCUAACCUAUCUUGUGGUCGACUCGGACACUCCGAACCCGCUUUUUCAAGCCCCGGUUACCAACCCCAAGCAUAUUUUGGACGUUGGAACUGGGAGAGGCUCCUGGGCUAUCGAUGCCGCCGACAUGUUCCCGGAUGCGACUGUCCGAGGAGUGGACCUCUACCCGCCGCCAGAGACAUGGCUUCCACCUAACUGCAUUAUGGAGGUGGACGAUGUACUCCAAGAGUGGACCUGGCGCGACCAGUUCGAUCUUGUCCAUCUACGUCAAAUGAUGGGUUCAUUCACUAUUCCGGAAUGGAAAAAGUUUUACAAGCAGUGCUACGAUAAUAUCAAACCUGGCGGCUGGAUUGAGCAAAUGGAAGGCAACCCACGUGUCCGCUGUGAUGACGGCAGCGUACCCGAUGACAACAGUUGCCUCUUGUUCGGCCUGCAGUGCUGCGAUGCAGCCGAUAAUUGGGGUCGCCCUGUCACAUUGGCUGAUAAUAUGAAGGAGGAAUUGGAGAAGGCUGGUUUCGUUGAUAUCCAUGUGAAGGAGUACAAGUGGCCGAUUGGUGCGUGGGCUAAAGACCCUAUUCUCAAGGAAGCUGGGAGACUGCACUACCACCAAUGGACCUCUGGUAUGGAGGGUUGGGCAAUGUUCUUCCUUACAAAAUAUGGUGUUCCUGAGCCGUGGACGGUUGAGGAAGUUCAGGUUUUGAUGGCAAAGGUCCGCAAGGAGAUUCACAAUCCUCGCCACCACAUCUACCAGGUUGCGAGACGAGUUUGGGGCCGGAAACCAACGGCGGAAGAAGAGGAAGCUCGUGAGAAGACCAAGGAGACUGAGGCGAAGGGCAAACAGAUCAAGGCGGAGCCAAAGGAUAACUAA